UUUCGUCUUCCGGAGUUCCGACCGAUUCUAACCGGGUACCUUUGCCCCUCGUCCCCCCACACAUUUCCGAUAGCGGCUUGUCUCUAGCUAGCUAGCUAGACUAACGGAAAGUGCGGUGGCGACUUCCCUCACAGUCACUUUUGUCCGCAAACACCGCCAUCUUUCUUCUCUUCGCACAAAUUUUUCACCAUGACAGCGUCUCAAACCAAAAUCACGGCUUCUGGUCCGGAACUCCGCGGGGCCAACAUUACGUUGGACACCAUCAUGAAGAAGACGGACGUGUCUACUCGUCAGACCAAGAUCGUUUGUACGCUGGGUCCAGCGUGUUGGGAAGUCGAGCAGUUGGAAUCUCUUAUUGACGCGGGCCUCUCCAUUGCUCGUUUCAACUUUUCUCACGGAGAUCACGAAGGACACAAGGCUUGUUUGGAUCGGCUGCGUCAGGCCGCGGACCACAAGAAAAAACACGUUGCGGUUAUGUUGGACACCAAAGGCCCAGAAAUUCGUUCCGGAUUCUUUGCCGAUGGCGCCAAGAAAAUCUCCCUCGUCAAGGGUGAAACCAUCGUGCUUACCUCGGAUUAUUCCUUCAAAGGUGACAAGCACAAGCUCGCCUGUUCGUACCCUGUGUUGGCCAAGUCUGUUACACCUGGUCAGCAAAUUCUGGUCGCGGACGGUUCGCUCGUCCUCACCGUCCUGAGCUGCGACGAAGCCGCCGGGGAAGUAUCUUGCCGCGUCGAGAACAAUGCGGGUAUUGGCGAGCGUAAAAAUAUGAACCUUCCUGGUGUUAUUGUCGACCUUCCGACAUUGACCGACAAGGAUAUUGACGAUAUUCAAAACUGGGGGAUUGUGAACGACAUUGAUUUCAUUGCGGCCUCGUUUGUUCGCAAAGCCAGUGACGUGCACAAGAUCCGCGAAGUCCUGGGUGAGAAGGGCAAAGGAAUCAAGAUUAUUUGCAAAAUUGAAAACCAAGAAGGCAUGGACAAUUACGACGAAAUCCUUGAAGCAACCGACGCCAUCAUGGUCGCCCGCGGUGAUCUGGGUAUGGAAAUCCCACCCGAGAAGGUAUUUUUGGCACAAAAGAUGAUGAUCCGACAAGCCAACAUUGCCGGCAAGCCGGUAGUAACGGCCACACAGAUGCUUGAGUCCAUGAUUACCAAUCCGCGCCCGACCCGUGCCGAGUGUAGUGACGUGGCGAACGCCGUCUUGGACGGCACGGACUGCGUCAUGCUCUCCGGAGAAACCGCGAACGGCGAAUACCCGACCGCGGCCGUCACCAUUAUGAGCGAAACCUGUUGCGAAGCCGAAGGGGCCCAAAAUACCAACAUGCUUUAUCAAGCCGUCCGUAACAGUACCCUCUCACAAUAUGGUAUCUUGUCCACGUCCGAAUCCAUUGCGUCCUCCGCCGCCAAGACGGCCAUUGAUGUCGGCGCCAAGGCAAUCAUUGUCUGUUCCGAAUCCGGUAUGACUGCCACGCAAGUAGCCAAGUUCCGCCCCGGUCGUCCGAUCCACGUGCUCACGCAUGAUGUGCGCGUCGCCCGUCAGUGCAGCGGCUACCUGCGCGGAGCCUCGGUAGAAGUCAUUUCCAGUAUGGAUCAGAUGGACCCCGCCAUCGAUGCCUACAUUGAGUGCUGUAAAGCCAAUGGCAAGGCCGUUGCCGGUGACGCCUUUGUGGUCGUGACCGGUACGGUCGCUCAGCGUGGGGCCACCAAUCUCAUGCGCGUCAUGUAUGCCUAGACAAGACCGCUGUUUCUAGUUCAAAAUACCGACAUAUCUCUACGAUUAUUAACUGUUAGCCAACGU